AUGUCGCAUCUACAAGCACAACGUUCGGGAACCCGAAGGACUAAUUCCGGAGCCCCUGAAUCCGAUACAGAUGCCGGCAGGCUCUCAGAUUCUACUCUCAUAAACGAAGAAAGCUCAGCCGAAGAACCCGGUCUAUUGAUCCCGCUCAAAAGACAAGCAUCCAUCCCCGAAUAUGACGAAGAUGAUAAAUGUUGGAUAUGCCUCGAAACAAGAAGGGAUGAAGAGGCUUCUCCGUCUGCACACGGUAUCUGGAAGAAACCAUGCAAAUGUGCACUCACGGCACACGAAGGGUGUUUGUUAAACUGGAUCUCGGAUAUGGAAAAAACUCCUUCGAGGAUGAGCAAGACGAUACAGUGCCCUCAAUGCAAGUCAAAUAUUGUAUUGAAGCAGGAGAGGAGCGCGAUAGUUGACCUGGGCAGGAUGGCUGAGAAGCUUGUCCGACAAACGAAUUCGAUAGCUAUCUUUGCCGGUCUUGGCUCAGCCUUCUUCGUUACAUGCACGGUAUAUGGUGUCAACGCGAUAUACUUGAUAUGCGGUACCAAAGAAGCAAAUUCCAUAAUUCUAGGUCCAAACGGCCGUGAUUUUGAGUGGACAUGGCGCCUUGCAACAGGUUUGCCGAUGCUACCUAUGGUCCUCAUAGUUUCCAGGACAAGGCUGAUGGAUGCUACUCUGCCAAUCCUUCCUCUCAUCUUCUUCUGUCGGGAUGAGCCGCUACACCUGUCCUUACCCCCUUCGCCGGCGGUUACCCUCGCCUUGUUGCCUUAUGCGAGAGCCAUCUACGAAAGUGUUUACAACAAGUAUCUGCUACCAUACGACAAGAAAUGGUCGGCAGAGAUCGGCCCAACAACUUCUACUCAAGGAUCCGAGGAAGAUAACGUUGGAUUAGAAAUACAAGUCCGAGAUAUAGAUGGCGGCGAAGCUGAAAACGGUAAUAUGGAUGAAGGAGAAGAGGGUGCUGUUGCCGGUGAUCAGGCAGAAGCCUGGAGGGUAGAGAGGGAAUUGGUUUUGGGACCAGAAACUGCCAAUCUUGUCGUUGGAGCGCUGUUAUUUCCGGGCGUGGUUGCAGCAGCAGGCGGUGUGCUCGGCAAGAUUCCGUUUCUUCGCAGAAUACUUCCGGAAAGAUUUCACCGAAACAUCUUAGGUGGUUGUCUCUUCGUUUUGAUCAAGGAUAUAUUCACGUUGUAUUACAAGUAUAAGCGCGCGAAGCAACGUCGAAGCCGUGAGAUCUUGAACUAUCAAAAACGGAUAGUCCGUCAGGAUGUCAAUGCAACAACUGCGCGUCGAAGAUAG